AUGUUGGGGGAACUAAUUUUUCUUUUUCGGAGUUUCCAUGGGAUUCUUGCUUCCUCAGGCACCCUAGGAGCAGCGGUGGCUUGGCUGAUUGGCUAUAAACCAGCCUUAUUUGGGUUUCUAUUCCUUUUGUUGUUGCUUAGCAACUGGCUGGUCAAACAUGAACUCAAGCUUGAGCCCUCUGAGUCCCAGCAGGAGGAUGAGAAACUGAAGACUUGUGAAGUCAGCCCCAACCACAAAGUCAUGGGCAUGAAAGAUACCGAGAGGAUUCAGGCCUGCUUCGCCCUCCAGGACAAGGUCCUUGAGCGACUGCUGUUCAGUGAAAUGAAGCUACAGGUCUUGGAAAAUCAGAUGUUCCUCAUGUGGAAUAAAAUGAAUCACCCCAGGUGGUCCAGCAGACAUUGGAACUGCCUCCGGAGGAAGCGCAAAAUGAGGAGGCCUGAGUCAAUUUUCUCCACCAUCUCUGAUUGUACUUCCAAUGCCCCCACCGAAUGA